GAAAAAAACCGAAAUGGGUCUAAUGAUCAACUCAUCAGCGUCACUCGUCAUCUUGGCGACCAUGAUUUUUGCCUGCAUUAUUGGCUACCGUCAAAUAACAAAACUAGAUCUGAACUCGUCACAUCAUAAUCUGUUGGACGACGUACUGCUGUUCAUUUGCAUUCCAGCUUUCUUUCUGAACGGGAUAUUCAGUAUAAUUCCUGCAAUAAUCAAUGGAAAUGUAUUGGGAUACGUUGGUCUGAUAGUUGAGAGUUUUCAAGUGCUCAGUCAAACAGUCUUCAUUCUGGAUGGUUUGAGACGCUCGAGCAAUACAAGAAAACUGAGGAAAAAUAAACCCGGCAGAGAGCUAGUAACUUUUCUGGUCAUUUCCAAUAUCGCUCUUUGGUUGAUGGAAACCUUCGAAGUUAAAGCUUAUUGGUUGAAAGACCAGAGAUACGAAUUCUACGGAAAGGAAUUGUGGACGAUUCUGGGACACACGUGUCUUCCUCUUAUGAUGUUCUACAGGUUUCAUUCAUCUGUUUGCUUCGGAGAUAUUUGGAAAUAUGCCUAUGAACGUUCUGGACAUUGACGAAUCACCAGUAAUUGAAAUGCCGCUACUCACCCGUUAUACAAGCACUGGCUUUUGAAUACUCGCAUCGUACUUUUGAAAAUGGACAUUUAACCAUUAUUAUCGUAAUUUGUUCAAGUUAUAUGUCUUUCAGAUUCAUGGAAUUAGAAAUAAAAUAUCAAGUGAUAAUAUUUCAUUUUG